AAAAUGCUUCAGAGUAGAAAUAUGCACUUGUUCAGUGAUGAGGUAAAGAAAGGCUCAUCAAAUUGCUGAUUGAAAAAAAUUUUUAGACCCUGACUCAGAUGUAGCUGUGCAUAUGUACGUACAUUAUUGUCUGACAGUUUUCAGUUCCAGUGUGGAAGGAUGUGGUGCAUGGAAGAAUAUUCUGUUUCUGGGUGGAGCUUUGGCUUGCUUAGUCCAUGCCUGGGGGACACACUCUACCUGUGCUCAUAGCUCUGCCAGGUCAGGGCUGCAAACACAGUUGUCCCAUAACCUCUGCACUGACUGAACUCUUGCAGAUACAGAGCUUCAUUUUCAUGUCAGUCCUGGAGACUUCCAAAAGUGAGUUUUUCUGGAGGGAUUUAAAGCUGAUGAUGAAUUGGUGGAUGCACAGGAUUCCUUGCCUUAAGUUAAAAAAAAUUGCACAAGGAUUGAUGGGACAAGAAAAAUAAAUUCAGGCUUGGGCUCAGUUUUUGUGUUCAAUGUUGCUCUGAUGAGUGGGAUAUUGUUCAGUUGGUGCUGUUCAGUAACUGGUUAUGACACUGAUGUACUUAGGGUCCCCUAAAGAAAAAGAAUGCAACCUAUUUGUUGAAUACAUGCCUUGUUUCUUGAGUAUCUCCCUGUCUACCAGUCCUGGAGAACGUUCUGCCUCUUGGCUGCCUUUCCCAUGAGGCCUGAAGCUGGCUUGGGAAAGGGAAUGCAGGAUAUAUCACUGUGGCCCCACACAGUGGCAGCAGAAGCUGAAUCUUUCCCUGAUGGUUGACAGUCGCAAGAAGUGGGACUUGAAUGCAUGUUUUUCUUUUGGUAGUACAAGUGUUUCAGUGUCUUCUGAAAGUUUUAAGCUAAGCUGGUUUGGUUUUGGAUGUUUUUGUGUGGUUAUACUUUGAUUUGAUUGUGUGGUUAUACUAUAUAAGGGUCAACUAGUGAGAUAGUCUUAAGUGUCAAUCCCAUAAAAUGUAGGAAUUUUGAAGAUAGGUGUCAUAUUUUCUUGCACCUGUACAACUGGACAGUUAUAUCCUGAUGUCUGUAGCAUCUAUAUAUAUGUAUACAUUGUGUUAUAGAGUCCACACUGUUUCUCUUUUUAAGCAAAACUUGCUGCUAUUUGCUCACUGUUUUAACUCUUCUCUGUUUUUAUAUAAAUGUGCACCUUUUAUAUGAUGUUAUGCUUAACACUAAGAGAAUUUCCCAAAAUUACAGGAAUAAUGAUUAAAUUUAAAGGCAUUAAGCUAACUAAUAAUAUGGGUCCUCACCUCUAGUGGAGAUAAAUCCAUCACAAAUUCCUAAAUAAAUGCUGCUUUUCUGUGUUUAAAAUGAAGCUAUGGAAAUUAGUUUGCUUAUGCCUUGAUGGUGAAUGUUUACCUAAAUUUUAGCUGAUUUGUUAUAUUUAGACAUUAAAGCACAAAAUGCCAAUCUAUAAAAAUGUUGGUUAGUAUAGCAAUUUUCAUUGCUAUACUGUAGUAGUCUAGCAGUCUGCAGCAGAAGGCAAAUAGGAAGUGAACAAACCACAUUCCUGAUUACUUUUUCAGGUAAUCUGGAUUUGUUCAAUUACAGUUUCAAAAUUUCUAGCCCUAAAUGCCAAGUUUUGUUGCCAUCAUAGCUGUGGUGUGGGUGGAAAAGCCCAACCAGAAAUGAGCAGAUCUAACUGUAAGCUACUUUGCAUGUUGUCAAUUGACUAUAAAUUGCAGCAAUCUUUGACUCAGUGGAACAAGAUACAUAAUUCAGGUAAGAGACUGGCAUGUUGCUGUAUCUAGCCACAGAUCUUCACUGAGUAUCAAUGUUCUUGUAAAUCGCUUCUAUCAGCCAUUCACUAACAGUGUUUUCAUAGCUUUUAAAUGAAUCCUAUUUAAUAUGAUCUCUUAUUUUAUAAGGUGUAAGAAAAAUUGAACAUUAACUUCUUUUUUUUUCUUUUUGGAUAUCAUUCAGAUAUUUUCAGGUAUUCGUCACUCUUAAGAUAGCACGUCUUUUUUCCCUGGAUUUGAAGAUUGGUUAAAUGCAGAACCUGAUGGAUGGCAGCAGCUACUGUAACCUCAUCUGUGCCGAGGCUCAGCACAUACAGCUGGCAAGGCCUUUCUGUGCAGAUCCCCUGGUCACGUUUCAUGUGUACCCAGAAACACCAAACCAGGUCUCUUGCUCUGAAGAUUUGUCAUUGCUUCCUUUCAUGUCUGAGCAUCUCAUCGCGGAGACCUUCUACGGUGAGCCCUGCCCCUUUCCCUACCAAAUGCCCCAUUCCAGUUUCCACAGAAAUGAGUACUCCUAUGGGUCAGCUUUCAUCAGGAAGAGGAAUGAGAGGGAAAGGCAACGUGUUAAGUGUGUCAAUGAAGGCUAUGCCAAGCUGAGGCAUCACCUGCCGAAGGAAUACUUGGAGAAAAGGCUCAGCAAGGUGGAGACCCUCCGUGCUGCUAUAAAGUACAUUAGGUACCUCCAGUCUGUGCUCUGCACUGAUUCUGUGUUGGUAGGAAAAGGUGUCAUGGAGCCAAACCAAGCAUCUAAAGCCACUAACAAACAAACCUCGGUUUUGAAGACUAUCUGAAGUGUUCCAAAGCAAGACAAAGGUAUCCUGUCUGGGAAUGUAGUAGCCACUGUGUUAAUGACGUGUGUGUUCCUGGCACUUCUUAGGAUCAGAUCGCAGUACACGUCAGUGUCAGCCUACACAAGAGCUUUAAUAUUGCAGAUAGUAACUACACUUAGAUACAAAAAAGACAACUGGGAAAAUCUCAGCUGAAUGACCUAAGUUAAUUCAUGAAAAUCAGAACSCAUUUCUAAAUUUGUCACCAAGCUAAAAAUGUAACACCUAUAUGUGUGAAGUAACUGUAUGUACCGUCACAACCGGCAUGCUUUAAAAUAAAAUCUUGCU